AUGGUCAAUUAUGGAAGCUAUGCACUGCGAUCUGCGGUUAUUACAGUUUCGUGGAUUCCAGUUAUACUCACCUUCACAGAACAUGUAUGCUAUGUAGCUAAGAUUGAAGGCUCCUCGAUGCGACCUACGCUUAAUCCAACUGAUUCGUUCAAUAAUGAAUCCGAUUGGGUUCUUCUUUGGAAGUUUAAUCUCAAACAAGCCAAGAAUUGGAAAGAAAAUGAUGUAGUACUAUUCAAAUCCCCUUCGAAUCCAAAGAAAGUAUACUGUAAACGUGUUAAAGGCGUACAGUUUGAUCAGGUGAAAACUAGAUCACCUUAUCCUAAGGAUACCUGUCUGAUUCCCAGAAAUCAUCUAUGGGUCGAAGGUGAUAAUGUAUACCAUUCAGUUGACUCUAACAAUUUCGGCCCCAUCAGUACUGGCUUAGCAUUAGGUAAAGCAGUCAAAAUAGUAUGGCCCCCUUCGAGAUGGAGCGCAGAUCUGAACAUGAGCGAAGGAAGAGGUGACAUUAAAGUUUUCCCUACGAUGGAACAUUCGUGA